ACCUGUCCGUCCAGCGACCAGAUUUUUUUGAUGCUAGCUUUAUUGGUUCUGCAGAUGCAUCUUCUGCAAUGUUUAGGACAAGUCCAUCGUCCAUUUUCCCCUGCGGCGCUGAUGUCAAUCUUGUAAAUUUCAGUCUUGAUGAUCUCGUUCUUGAGGACAGCGAGUUAAACAAAAAGGGAAUGUUAUUCCCACAUUUGACAACCUUUCUCAAAGUCAAAUUGCUUUGGACACGUCUCCGUUCACACUUCACUACUUUGUUGCGCAAUGUUCGGUCGUGUUUCUCUUGCGCUCAUUUUAAUUUCUAUAGCUGCGAUCUUCUGUGCGCAAUCUGCGGAUGCCGCCAAAGGCCCCAAAAUCACCCACAAGGUCUACUUCGACAUCAGGCAUGGUGACCAGGACCUAGGUCGAGUCGUCAUUGGUCUUUACGGUGGGACCGUUCCCAAGACAGUCGAGAACUUCCGUGCACUCGCAACUGGUGUCGACAAGGAUGGUAAGGAGCUCGGCUACGGCUACAAGGGCUCCAAGUUCCACCGCGUUAUCAAGAAUUUCAUGAUCCAAGGCGGUGACUUCACUCGUGGCGAUGGCACCGGUGGAAAGUCUAUCUACGGCGACCGUUUCAAGGACGAGAACUUCAAGCUCAAGCAUACUGGACCCGGUACUCUUUCCAUGGCUAAUGCGGGCAAGGACACCAACGGAUCUCAAUUCUUCAUUUGCACUAUUGUCACCGGCUGGCUAGACGGUAAACACGUUGUCUUCGGAAAAGUCCUGGAGGGAAUGGACAUUGUAUACGCUAUUGAGGACGUACCUAAGGGCAGCAACGAUCGCCCAUUGCAGGACGUCACCAUCUAUGACUCUGGAGAGCUGCCAGUUGAGCCGGUUGUAGAUGAUGGAGGAAAUGAGGUACCCCUACGCGCUGAGCUAUGAUUCAGCUGCCUCUGUUCCUUGAGCUCUUGAUGCGAAUAAAAUAUUGUUGCUUGUCAACAGGACAUCGCCACCGUACCCGUGAAUUCCGUAACUUCGUCAGCCGAUGCUGAAUUGCCCGCCU